AUGGGGAAGGGGGCAGCGCGGAGGCUGUGGUUUCGUGCCCGGCCGCAGGACAAUCCGGUAGGAAUUGCGGCGCUGAACUGGCUGGUGGACGAUGCGCUGCAGAGUGGGACUGCCGCGUACGUCCCGGGUAGCAGUGUAUACAGUGAAACCUUUACGCUCAGAGGGCCUGGUCUGCACACCGUGAGGAUGCAGGCGCUCAACAUGCGCGGUGAGCGCUCGGAAUGGAUGGAGCGCUACUAUCUGAAUGAAGCCCCGGUACUGGAUGAGGCUCAGACACCCGCAGCGCCGGCUGCGUUUGACAUCCAGACUCCACAGAAUAUUACGGCCCGGGCCAGCGACCCCAACGGGGGAGAGCUGAUCUAUCUGGCCGCCAUUGCUGCGGGGCACGACGUUGCGGCGGACAGCAGUCAAUUUCGCGUACUGGGGGGCAGUGAGACAUCCGGGACUUCGGGUGUGCUGCAGAGUCUGCCGCUGGCGCUGGACAUCGGUCUGGGUGCGGGGGACUACACCCUGCGCAUUACAGUGGCAGACGAACAUGGCGGAGCGCAGGAUGUGUUGACGCGCAAUAUUGCGUUGACGGGCAGCACGACCCAGGUUGCGCCCGGCGCGCCCGCUGUGUACUGGGCAGCCGGGACUACGGGCUGGAGCAGCGGGGACGAGAGCGAUGCCGCAGCAACGGCGGGGUCCGCAGCGACGGUGCUGCCCUAUAAUCCUGCCGGGACUGUGGUGAGUGUAUCCGUGAGCGUUCAGGAUCGGCGCUCAGUGCCUGCUGCCAGCGGCUUUACCUAUGAGUGGUCGUUGAACGGUGUGGUAUAUGAGACGACCGGGGGGGAUACCUCGGCGCAGAGCAGCCGGAGUCUGGACGAUGGUCUGCGGGCGGGUGCGAAUACCAUUUCUCUGGUGGUAACCAAUGAUGACGGGGAAUCCAGUGCCCGGGCGCAGCGGCGCUUUUACCUGAACACCCAGCCGGAGUCGUUGCGCAUUACUGCGCCCACGGGCGCUCAGACGAUACAGCUUUCGGAGGGCAGCCGGGAGCUCAACUUUGCGGCAUCGGGCAGCGAUAGUGCGGACGACAGCCUGACGUAUACCUGGCAGCUGUACCGCAAAGAGAGUGACGGGAGCUGGAGCCUUGUGGAGACGAUGGGCACGACGACGGGCAAUGGUGCAGUACUGAGCUAUACGUUUACGCAGGCAGCCGGAGACUACCAGGUACGGGUUACGGCGCAGGACGGAUAUGGUGCGGCGGCAACGCUGGAAAGUCCGGGCAGCAAUGCUGUGGCUGUGCUGCUCAACGGUGCUCCGGUCGUCCGCUUUGUCCAGCCGACGGCGGGGAGCAGUGGCUCGGCGGUAGUGGGUCAGGAUGUGGACUUUGAGCUGGAGGUAACGGAUCCGAAUCUGGAUAGUGUGGAUCCGGCCAGUGACUUCCGCUACCAGUGGGAGUACCAGCGGCCCGACCAGUCCAGUUCAUCCAACUGGAACGCGCUGCCGGCGGGCAGUACGGUGGACAAUACGGCUCCCUACCGGAUGAAGUUGAAGACGGGAGGCUUUGCCUCAACGGCCACAGACCCGUACCGGAUACGGGUGAGGGUCAGCGAUGCGGCUGGCGGGGUCAGCACUGCGACCUACGCGCUGAGUAUGGCUGCCAACCGUCUGCCGAGUCUGGGUUUCACGGGAGCCACUCCGGCAGAUAAUGCGCGGUAUCAGCUGCGAACAGCAGCCGAGCGCAGUCCGGCACUGAAUUUUUAUACCGAGGCCACGGAUCCGGACGGGGACGCGCUGAGCUAUGGCUGGGAAAUUAACGGCUUGAGCGUGGCCGGAGAGACGGGAGCCUCGCUGCUCGCACAGACCUUUGCGUCGCCGGUCAGCGGGAAGAGCGCGACGGAGAUAGCCGGGAUGAGCGCGUCAGAGCGGCACCAGGUAUUAGUAACGGCGCUGGUGAACGAUGGCAUCAACGGGAAUGUAGCGCUUUCGCGGACGCUGCGCCUGAAUGUGGCCCCGCAGCUGGGCAGUGUGAGUGCAGCGGCUGCGGAGCUGGCGCUGGGCAGCAGCCUGAGGUACAGCGUGGUGGCCGAGGACCCGGAAGGGGACAGCCUGAGCUACCAGUGGCGGUACCGGCAGGGCACGAGUGGAGACUGGUUCUACUUUGGCACGGACAGCAGCGAAGCGUACUUCACAGCGCAGAGCAGCUGGUCUGCGGGAGAAUAUCAGAUUUCGGUACUGGUGAGUGACGGUGAAGGAGGCUCGGCAGAGUCGAGUCCGCAGAGCCUGAGGGUUUAUGAAGUUCUCCCGGUACCGGUGAUGAACGCGGCCAGCGCUGUAAGCACUACCGGCUUUACGGUGAACUGGAAUGCGGUGGCGGGUGCGGAUGGCUAUAAACUUUCGGGGUCAGAUGGGACGUCGGUUGACCUGAGCAGCACGUCGUAUACCCUUAGCGGCCUGAGCCCCGGGACAUCCUCUUUCUUCUAUGUCCGGGCCAUGGACAGCACCGGUGUAAAACGCGACAGCUCCUGGAGCAACGGCCGGGAGUUCGGGACGACACUGGCUGCGCCCUCUCUGAAUUCGGCGGCCAGCGAUGUAAGCACUACCGGCUUUACAGUGAGCUGGAGUGCAGUGACGGGAGCGGAUGGCUAUUAUAUCUCUUGGGGUAUGGGAGCGGAUGUGACGUUCGGUUUCAGCCGUGUGAGCGGCACAUCGCAUACCAUCAGUGGUCUGGAUCCCGGUGGCACCUAUGCCGUCAGGCUCCAGGCCACGGACAGUACCGAUGUGCACCCGGACAGUGUCUGGGUCAGCCGGGAGUUUAAGACUGCGCUGGCUGCGCCCUCCCUGAAUUCGGCGGCCAGCGAUGUAAGCGCCAGCGGCUUGACGGUGAGCUGGAAUGCGGUGACGGGUGCGACUAACUAUUGGAUUAAGUGGGGUCCUGACAGCAAUACGGAUGCGGGCCAGGGUUAUUACACGUCCACUUCAAUUUCCCUCAGCUCUUUGUCGGCAGGGACGCUCUAUUACGUAAAAGUCAAAGCUCUGGCUGAUGGCAGGGAGAGCGAUUGGAGCAGUACGGAAACCUUUAGUACGGAUACCCUUCCUGCUUUAGCUGCUCCCAGUCUGAAAUCUCAGGUCAACAAUAGUAUCAGUGGCUUUACGAUAGAAUGGGAUGCCGUUGAGGGGGCGGACAGCUAUGAGAUUUCGUGGGGUACUGGCAGCAAUGCCCAGGGCAGCACCGCUCAGGUCACGGGCACAACAUCAUACACCACCAGUGGUCUGAGCUCGGGUACGAUUUAUUACGUCAAGGUGAGGGCAAAGGACAGUACAGGGAACAGGCCACAGAGCAACUGGUCAGCGGUGGAGAUGUUCGGUACGCUCACUGUCAAUACCGGGUGGUUUUUCUGA